AUGGCAGAAUCUGAAGCAAAUUCAACUCGCAAGGAUUCUGUAAACACUAAUGGAGGUAAUUUGGAUCCUCUUUUCAUUGCUAAUUCUGAUAAUCCUACAUCUUCAUUGGUUUCUGCUGUAUUUUCUGGAACAAAUUUCAUUAGAUGGAGUAGAAAUGUUAGACGUGCCUUGAUUGCGAAGAAUAAAGAUGGUUUUAUUACUGGAUUAACUCCUAAACCUAGUGAAUCUAGUCAAGAAUAUUUGAAAUGGACUAGAGCAGAUGAUAUGGUUAUGAGUUGGAUACUCAGUUCAAUGACUCCACAAAUAGCAGAUGAUUUUGCAUAUGUGAGUACUUCGGUUGAAUUCUGGCAAGAAUUGAAUGAAAGAUUUGGACAAUAUAACGGUUCAUUAAUCUAUCAAUUAAAGAAAGAAAUUGAUAGUUUAAGACAAGAAAAUCUUACCAUAAUUGCAUAUUAUGGAAAGAUCAAAAGACUUUGGGAUGAGCUUAAGUCUUUAAGAAUGUCACUUACCUGCUGUUGUGGUGCUUUGAGCAAAUGCACAUGUCAAUUUGUAAAAAGAUUGGCCGAUAUUGAAGCUGAGGAUAAGCUAAUGCAAUUCUUGCUAGGCUUAAAUAGUGGCUUUGAUAGCACUAUUACCAAUAUCUUGUCAAUGGAACCUUUACAUACCAUAAAUAGAUCAUUUUCUAUAGCACAACAAAUAGAAAAACAAAAAGAGAUAUCUGGUGUAUUGGAGGCUGGGGAAAGCAGUGCUAUGACAGUUCAAAAAUAUAAUCAAGGAGGAAAAGGUCAUAUCAUCGAUCAAUGUUUCAAGCUGAUUGGGUAUCCUGAGUGGCACACAAUUGUGAAGAAUGCAAAAGGAGGAAAUGCAGGUGGCAUAGUAGGCAGUAGAAAAUUUGCUGCUAAUGUUCAUAUUAAUAAUGGACAUUGUGAUUCACCUCUGGAUUGUGAAGAUGAUUCAGACUACAAUGAUGGCAAGCAAAUGAAUUCUCAGAUGAUAAACAAAAUUUGCCAAGAAGUCAUGAAAAUGAUGAAAGGAAAAGACAAGACAAACACAUCUGCUGCUGGAAACAUGUCUUUUGCUAGCUUUGCAGGAGCAUGUGAUCAUAUGGUGUAUGAUGAACAUAUGUUAAUUGAUAAAAAGUUGCUUAAAAGAGAGAUUAAAGUUGGGUUGCCUGAUGGGACAUUAAGAAUGGUAUACAAGACAGGAACUGUUGUGCUUAAUGAAUAUUUAAGCAUUGAUGAUGUGUUAUUGGUAGAAGGUUUUAAACAUAACUUAUUGUCUGUUAGUAAGUUGGCAGAGAAGGACAAUGUCUUGGUGCAUUUCACUAAAGAUAAUGCUAUUUUCAGGACCUAUAUAAACACAAGGUUCUUGGAAUUGUACUGGUAUUAUGAUGCAAAAGAGUGUGCAUAUAUUCCUCAACACAAUGGUAGAGUUGAGAGAAAACAUAGGCAUCUUUUAGAGAUGUCUAGAGCUCUUAGGUUUCAAGCUCAUUUACCUAAAAAGUUUUGGGGAGAAUGUAUUUUACCAGCAACAUACUUGAUAAAUCAUCUACCUACAAAAGUUUUAUCCUGGAAAACACCAUAUGAAGUGAUGUUUGGUAAACCAUCUUAUUACAGUGGAUUGAGGAAUUUUGCUUGUUUGUGUUAUGCUUAUAACAUGAAUGUUCAUAAAGACAAUUUUGAUGCAAGAGCUAGAACUUUCAUCUUUAUAGGUUAUCCAUCUAGCCAGAAAGCAUAUAAGUUGUAUGAUCUUGAUACUCAUACUACUCUUGUAUCUAGAGAUGUAGUAUUCUUUGAACAAUCUUUUCCUUUCUCAACAACUGAUACAAACACAGAAGUAUAUAAACCUGACAUGGUGAAAUUUGUUGAUGAAAGUGAAAUAUGCAAACAGAACAGUGAUACUUCAAAUCUAGUUUCUUCUUCUUUAUCUUUAUCUCACAAUUCUUCCUCCACUGAAACUUCUAAUUCUAUUCCUAUACUUGAGUCUAUACCACAAUAUGCUUCUCCUAUACAGUCUAACAUAAAUUCAGAUCCAUGUUCUCUUAAUACUGAUGUUUCUAUUUCUUCUCCAUCUUCUAAUCAUGACACCACUAGUGGAAAAAAGCAGUAG